CCUGCAAUUGUUUCUAUCUUAAUAGUAAAAGGGAAGAACCGAGAGUCAAGGAGGAGAGGGAACCAGACCUGCAGGAGAGCCGAGAGCGUGCGGGGUCGGUGUGAGGAGCCAGGUGGCAAAAGAGCGUUCGUCUGGGAGCAGGUUCGGGAGCGCGCGUCGGAGCUGGACCCUGGCCCUGCCUGCUCGCUGCGCUCACUCUCGCCCUGGCCCGCAGGCGGCGCUGGCUGCGUUUCCGAGGAGCGGCUCUUCCGCAUGUUGUUUUGCCGCUACAAUCGGUUCAUCCGGCCCGCGAAGAACGUGUCCGACCCCGUCACCGUGCACUUCGAGCUGGCCAUCACGUGGGCGCGGACCCGGAGCCGGCGCGUCUCCACGGUCCCGGCUGUCAAGCGUGUGCACAUGGCGAACACGGUAACUGCACAAGCACACAUGCGCACACUGCCGCCCGGCCGAGCCUCCGCGGAGUGCGUGUUGUCGUCCUGUCCUGCCAGACCGGGGGCUCUAUCCAAAGGGCUGAGACCGAAGUUGAAAGCAGGCCCAGCAACUCCAGGAGCAAGUACAUUUAAGCCUAAAUAUAUUAUUUCUUUUUCCCAGGAUGAAGUAAAUCAGAUCAUGGAAACCAAUUUGUUGCUACGUCAUGUCUGGAAUGAUUAUAAAUUGCACUGGGAUCCAAAGGAAUAUGAUGGCAUUGAGACUCUUCACGUCCCAGCAGAUAAGAUUUGGAAGCCUGACAUUGUUAUCUAUAACAAUGCUGUCGGUGACUUCCAAGUUGAAGGCAAGACAAAAGCUCUUCUUAAAUAUAACGGCAGCAUCACCUGGACUCCCCCAGCUAUUUUUAAGAGUUCUUGUCCUAUGGAUAUCACCUUUUUCCCUUUUGAUCAUUGCCAGAAUCAUCAAAAUUGUUUCCUGAAAUUUGGUUCCUGGACAUAUGACAAAGCUGAAAUUGACCUUCUAAUCAUUGGCUCUAAGGUGAAUAUGAAUGAUUUUUGGCAAAACAGUGAAUGGGAAAUUGUUGAUGCUUCUGGCUAUAAGCAUGACAUCAAAUAUAACUGUUGUGAAGAAAUAUACACAGACAUAACCUAUUCUUUUUACAUUAGGAGAUUGCCCAUGUUUUGCACCAUUAAUCUGAUCAUCCCCUGCCUCUUUAUUUCAUUUCUAAGCGUGUUGGUCUUUUACCUUCCUUCAGACUGUGGUGAAAAGGUGACACUUUGCAUUUCAGUUCUACUUUCUCUUACUGUGUUUUUGCUGGUAAUUACAGAAACCAUCCCCUCCACAUCUCUUGUAAUCCCCUUGGUGGGUGAGUAUCUCUUGUUCACCAUGAUCUUUGUCACACUGUCCAUUGUGGUGACUGUGUUUGUGUUGAACAUGCACUACCGCACCCUGACAACACACACCAUGCCCAAGUGGGUAAAGACAAUUUUCUUCCAGCUGUUCCCUCAGAUCCUGAUGAUGAGGCAGCCUCUGGACAGGGUGAAGGAGACAGGCUCUGAUAAAAACCUCAAGGGCCUUUCUAGUAGGCCUACCAAGGUCAAGUUUGUGAAUCAUGGAGAACCCAAACUUCUUCAGGAAUGCUGUCACUGUCAGAAGUCAGGUGAAUUAGAAGCCAGCAAGAGAAGAUCAAGUCAUCACCCUCCACAAUGGGUGACCAAAAAUUCAGAGCAUUUUCCAGAGGUGGAAGAUGUGAUUGAUAGCACUCAAUUCGUAGCAGGAAACAUGAAAAGCCACAAUGAAACAAAAGAGGGAGAAGAUGACUGGAAAUAUGUGGCCAUGGUGGUUGAUAGAAUAUUUCUUUGGGUAUUUAUAAUUGUCUGUGUAUUUGGAACCACAGGGCUUUUUCUACAGCCACUGCUUGGAAACACAAGAAAAUCUUAAUAUGUUCAGAAACUUACAGACACUCUAUUUGUUCUGUAUUCCUUACCACAAGGAAAAGCCAAAGCCUCCAUCUACUGAGCUGAAGACUAGAUGGAAAAAGAGGCUUAUAUUGCACAUUUAGGAGCCCGAGCACCUUUCUUGGAAGACCAGGAAAGGACAUUAAAUGUUUUGUAACACAGAAGCCCAGAGCCAGCUUCUCGUCUGUCCAUAUUUAGCUUCCAGGGACAUGAAUGGCCCAUAAUAUGGCCAAACCAUGUAGUUGACAUCAACCCAUAAACUGUUGAAUCCCCAAUUUAUACUGUUGACUAGCAUAACAACACAUGAGACAUGAGACUCUAGAACUUGGACCUUGCUGACAUUUGAGCAUUUGUGAACUAUUGCAUUUUGCUUUCUUGUGCAUGUGUCUAGAUGUAGCUCAAAUUUGUCAGCGCUAUUUGGUACAUUAAUUAGUUGAAAGAAGUACCAGAUAAUCAGAGUCUAUCUAAGCAUUUGUUAGCUUUCCGUUAUUGUGGCAAAGUACCUAAGAUAAUCAACUUGAAAGGUGGAAGGGUUUACUUUGGCUCAUGUUUUCAGAAGUUUCAUUCCAUAGUUGAUUAGCCACUUUGCCUGUGGGCCUAUGGUGGUACAGUACAGCAUGGUGGGUGCACAUGGUGGGGGAGGUCUUUUCAUGGCAGCCAGGAAGAAAAAAGAGAGACAGGAUGGGUGGGGUUCUCAAUAUCCCCUCCAAGUGCACACCCCUAAUAGCCUAACUUCCUUCUAUCACCCCAACUUCUUAGGGUUCUACCACCUCCCGGCAGCACUCAUGCUGAGGGGCCAAGGAGUCAACACAUGGGCCCCUGGGGAACAUGCCAGUUGUAAACUAUAUAGUUCAUCUGGCAGGAAACUUGGGUAGAAGCUCAGCAUGGUGCUAGGCACUGCCAGGGAAAUACAAAUAGAUUUUUUUCCCUCAAGAACUUACAGCUUUCUAGAAAAAGUCAUAUAUUGGGGAAAAGAUCUGCAGAUAUUGGGGAAAUGUCACUAGGACAGUCAAAAUAGGAGAACUUGUGUGUGGUUGGCUGGACACACCUGAAGCAACCAAUGCUGUGUUUCAGUAAAAGGUGUCUUUGUUAUCUUUCUCAUCAAUGCUUUCCAUUUGUUCAUUGUACUGAGACUGAAAAUAAAGUUAUUUCU